GGCAACUAUGCAAUAAUCUGCAAUAUCAAAUUUGAACAAGAGCAAAUUACAGAAAACCUGCUUGAGCGUAAAUCGUCCAGCUAUAAAUUUAGAAACGAGAAGAAAAUACAGGAGUUUCUGAAAAUCAAAAGAAUCACAAAAUUAAGCGAUUUGAGGCGUGAAGAUGAUAAGAAAAAGAAAAAGAUAAAGGAAGUUUUGAGAAGAAGAGAAAAAAAAAUGCGUCAAUCACUUGAAUUAAUCUGUGCUAUUUUAGAUGAGGCGAGCAGUUUACAUCUGGUAAAGUAUAAGACGGCAAAUCGAACUUGCGACCUUGAACUACCUUCGAAAUUACUAGCGUAA